AGUCAUUUAACAUUUUGUUAUGAUUGUGCAGAGUUGAAUCCGCCGUGAGCCGCUCUCUGCUCUGCUGUCACCAUCAUCAUCCUGCUCAUGCUGAACACAGCCGCUAAAAACAAGGAUUUGAACUGAGUGUGCACAGGGAACACGUUUAAUGUGAAUUACAGAGGGUGGCAGAUUUCAUAAAAAAAGCACUGCUGAUCAUGGACCCGAGUACCAGCGGACUUUCCCAGAAGCUGGCCAAAGCCGGCCAACUUCACCUCCUGCAGUUCUGGACCGAGCUGAGCCCGGAGGAGCAGGGCGACCUCGUCCAGGAGCUGCAGGUCAUGGACUUUCAGGAGAUCAAUGGAUUCUUCAAAAGUGCCAUGGAGACAUCCGGCAGCAGCAAGCAGGAGAAGAUGGACGCCCGUAUGGAGCCGGUGCCCAGGGAGGUGCUCGGGAGUGUGACGAGGGACAGGGAGAGUCUUAAAGACUGGGAGCUGGAAGGUCUGCACUGCAUCUCUCAGAGUAAAGUUGCCGUGCUGCUGCUGGCUGGAGGCCAGGGGACCAGACUGGGGGUCUCGUACCCCAAAGGCAUGUAUGACGUGGGGUUGCCGUCCCACAAGACCCUCUUCCAGAUCCAGGCUGAGCGCAUACUGAAGCUGCAGCAGCUGGCUGAGCAGAAGCACAAAGUCAAGUGCUGCAUUCCCUGGUACAUCAUGACCAGUGGCAGGACGAUACAGUCCACAAAGGACUUCUUCUCAAAACACAACUUCUUUGGCCUGGGCAAGGACAACGUGGUCUUCUUCCAGCAGGGCAUGCUCCCCGCCAUGGACUACCAAGGAAAGAUCAUCCUGGAGAACAAGGGGAAGCUCGCCAUGGCCCCCGAUGGAAACGGGGGUCUCUACAGAGCCUUGGGGCACCAGGGCAUCAUGGGGGACAUGGAGCGGAGGGGCGUUGAAUCCAUCCAUGUGUACUGUGUGGAUAACAUCCUGGUCAAAGUGGCUGACCCCGCCUUCGUUGGUUUCUGUGUGCAGAAGGGAGCGGACUGUGGAGCCAAGGUGGUGGAGAAAACCAAUCCAACAGAGGCAGUGGGUGUGGUCUGCAAGGUGGAUGGGCGUUACCAGGUGGUGGAGUACAGCGAGAUCACCCUGGCAACCGCCGAGAAGCGCAGCAGCGACGGCCGACUGAUGUUUAACGCAGGAAACGUGGCCAACCACUUCUUUAGCUUCUCUUUCCUCAAAGACGUCGUAGAGAAGUACGAGCCGCAGCUGCAGCACCACGUGGCCCAGAAGAAGAUCCCGUAUGUGGACGCACAGGGUCAACUCGUCAAACCGGACAAACCAAAUGGAAUCAAAAUGGAAAAGUUUGUCUUUGACAUCUUCCAGUUCGCCAAAAAGUUUGUUGUGUACGAGGUGCUGCGGGAGGACGAGUUCUCCCCUCUGAAGAACGCAGACAGUCAGGAAGGAAAGGACACGCCCACCACGGCCAGACACACCCUCAUGUCUCUCCACCACCGCUGGGUGCUCAACGCCGGGGGCCACUUCAUCGACGAGAACGGCAGACGUGUGCCCGCCAUCCCCAGAGACGGAGCAGCAGGCAGUGUCUCAGAUGCUGGCACCAGAAACCUGAAGGAUGGAACAGACCUACCAAUCAAAUGUGAGAUUUCCCCCCUGGUGUCCUACGGGGGAGAGGGCCUUGAAGAGUUGGUGAAAGGACGAGACUUUCAUCCAACCCUGAUGAUCGAUGAGAACGGCGUCCAUGAGCUGGUGAAGAACGGAGUUUAGGGCGGUGAAGGAGAGAGAGAGACAGUGACAACCCAAAGACCGACCUCCCUUUGUCUCUCCACGUAUGCAGGGAGAUACUGUGAUGUCAUCGCUGUGCAAUAGCAAAUGUCAUAUGCAUGUGUUCCUGAGCGAGGCUGUACGAGAUGAAUGAGCACCAUGUAUCGUUUACGAUCUUUUCUCUGCGUUGUAUGUCGAUGUCAGUUUGUCUUUGUGUUGAGGAGCACUUGAACACACUAAAUGAAGGACGAAGUCUCUGUCACACUGACUGGAUGAAGCAGUCGUCAGGUGCAUCUAUUUAUUUUGCUUAUGAGACUUAUUUUUUUAUGUACUAAUGGAUGCUCAACAGGUGGAAUGAACCAUCUACACGUUUUAUCUGAUGAUUUUUAUACGACGUUGGGCUGAGAUGAAAUAAUCUGACAUGUAAUCUGAGUACAUGGUACGGGCUCCGGGGGGUAUUUAUAUACUUCUUAUAAUCAUUGAAGAGAAGUUAGCGAUUAAAGAAAUGUCCUGAAUACAAAUCA